CAAAUGGCCAAAUGUUGUUGAGGGGUAGAUUCGUAAGUCAGCAAAUCCUCCCGCCAUCGGAGCACCCUCAGAAUUGUCUCGUUCAUCUCAUGCUCGCGACAAAAACAUUUCACAGCAAAAAACAAAUUGUACGUAAUGCUCUUUUUGCUAAUUUCCCUGUCCUUCGUCUUCUCUAUGAAUACCGGAGAUGGGGGAGCAGGGAUUGGGCACGAGCAACCAAUUUUAUUGAUUUGUUUCGUCAUUUUCGCGGGCUAUUCGAAUCCCGAGACCAAUUUCCGCCAUGGGAAAUUGCUUCAGAAGGUCACAGCGUAUUAGCGAAAUCCCAAAAGCUGGAAGCUUUUCGUUUCCUGCUUCUGCCUCAACGACCACUCACACUACAUCUACGGAAAACAGAGAACGUGAGAGUCAUCCUUUGCCAGUUCCAACUGGCUCCGAGAAGUCCUCAUCACAUAGCAGAGCUGGAAGUCUUCCAAACCCAAGGUCUGAAUUUGAAAUAUUAUCAUCUCCAGACCUAAAGUCUUUUUUGCUGAGUGUGCUUGAGGAGGCCACACAAAACUUCUGUAACCUUCUUGGUGAAGGAGGCUUUGGUUGUGUCUACAAGGGAUGGUUAGACAGGGAUACCUUAACUGCUUCGAAUCCCGGAUCAGGAAUGGAAGUUGCUGUUAAAAGACUUAAACUUCGAGGUGUUCAGGGUCAUAAAGAGUGGUUGUCAGAAGUGAAAUUUCUUGGCCAACUUCAUCAUCCGCAUUUGGUCAAACUUACGGGUUUCUGUUUGGAAGGUGAUCAUCGGUUAUUAGUGUAUGAGUUUAUGCCUAGAGGGAGCUUAGAAAAUCAUCUUUUCAGAAGGAAGACAAAUUCACCUCUUUCUUGGGAAAAAAGGAUGAAGGUUGCCGUUGGGGCUGCUCGUGGACUCUCAUUUUUGCAUAACUGUGAUCCUCAAGUUAUAUAUCGUGAUUUUAAAGCUUCAAAUAUCCUCUUGGAUUCGGAAUUUAAUGCAAAGCUUUCAGACUUUGGUUUGGCCAAGCUUGGUCCGACUGGUGAUCAUUCACACGUUUCGACUCAGGUUAUGGGCACACAAGGAUAUACUUGCCCUGAAUACAUGACUACAGGUAGACUAUCAGCGAAGUGUGAUGUGUACAGCUUUGGGGUGGUAUUGCUUGAGCUUCUAACGGGUCGCAGAGUGAGGGACAAAUCAUUGGGUCAAGGCUACACUCUGAUAGAGUGGGUGAGGCCAUAUCUGCAUGAGAAAAGGGCAGUGUCGAGAAUCAUGGACACCCGGUUAGAGGGACAGUACCCUCGGAACGCGGCAUUUUUUGCAGCCAGUCUUGCAUACCAAUGCACGCGUCCUGAGACCAAAAGGCGGCCUGACAUGGCCUACGUGCUGGAAAUAUUAGAACAGCUCCAAUCGCCCAAGUGCAAUAGCAACAACCGCCGUUCUUCACCCUCGUUGUUGUCAAGGGAUUCUAAUCUAACUAAUAAUAAGUCUCCCAAGCCUGGUCAAGUAAGAAGGGUCUCAGAUUGGUCUCAUGGUUUUGAAUGCUUAGGGUGAUUGUUUAAUCGAUGAAAUGAAUACAUUAAUAAUUCUAUCCUAAACUUAUCAAGGGUUGGAAAACUAUUUCACCCCUUCAAUUAUAUAUCCCCCACAGCUUAUGAAUAAAAAAAAUGUUGUCUUCCUCUAGUUCUGUUCUACCCACAGAUUUUAUAGAGGAUACGAUGGCAAGUUGAGCUGAGGCUUGCUCAGGUUAUACUUGCAUAUAUUUUUGGGGUUCAACAAUUAUUUGCUUUACUAGUCUGGUCCAUACACAUUAUGAUGCUUGUCCUGGUCCUAGGCUUGCAAAAUGCCAAUUUAUAAAAAAUCGAAGAGCAAACUAUUUUUAGCUUCGGCUCUUCUCUUAUGAGGCUAUGAAAAAUAGUUAUAGAACUUCAGUGGCUUUAAUAAUAUUAUUUAUUUAAAACUAAUUGAACAAAAACUAUUUUAAUAAUAACUAGUCAUCAUUCGUAAUAUUAAUUAAAGCUACUAUACUUCUCCAUCAUGUCCUUAAAUUGGCCAUUUGAAUUUUGAAGACUCAUCUGGAUAUACAAGCAUAUAGUAGUUUUGUUAUGGAAAACUGAGAAACUAGUAAAUUUCCAUUCAUGUAAUCUAGUGAUUUUUCUU